GCUGCUACAGCACUAUGCCGCGGACAGCCAACCUUUCACAUACAUCGAUGGCCACGCUGGGCGGGGGAUCUACGAUCUUGGUGAGAACCUGACGGAGUUCCAAAACUAUGGCCUGAAUCUGCUGGAAAGGCAUCAUCACCGGCUCAGUUCCGGCACCCCGGCUGCCGUGGCGUCACUGCUGGAGGCCAAUCGGCGAUUGAACGGCCCGAACGAAACGAGGUGGUAUUUGGGUUCUCCCUCGCUGGCCACUUGCUGGAUCCGCCAGCAAGACAGGAUGACGGCCCUGGAAGCUUCCCAGGAACACCAGCCCGCUCUUGAAGCGGCUUUCGGCCGAACGCUGGCCGCAGACGGCGCAGCGAGGAGAGUUGACAUUCGUCGGGAGAAUUCGUACCUCUACUUGUCUGACUUGUCCGUGGCAGGGAGAGGCCUGAUCUUGUUGGAUCCGCCCUACGAGCCUUACAGCCAGUACCUGUCCUGGAACUUGUGGGCGAUCGACAGUCUGCGAAGCCGGUGUCCGGACACCUGCAUUCUGAUGUGGUAUCCGUGCUCGGGAGAAGCGGAUAGGCAAAGCCUUCAUCUUCGAGUCCGAGACCUGGGUUUGCAGAACGCUGUCUUCGCCGAGCUUUGUGAGACGGACUUCGGUAAGAAGAAGGGCGCGCUGGUGAGCUCGGGCGUGUUGCUGGUGAAUCCUCCAACCGACAUGCUGGACUUGGAAGCCAAAGUCCAAGAAAUCCUCUCAUGCCUACAGGAUGCCUUCCAUCCGGUACUAAGCAUGGAGACAUCUUACCUGAAGGUGUAG